AUGGCGUCAGAUAUUGAUUAUAGUAGUUUUGAUUAUAAUUCAAGUCAAGAUUCUUUCGAUAUCGAUUACCAAAUAGAUCUAUUUGAAUUUCGUCAAUUUGUAAAAUCUAAAAAAACAAAACAAAAAAUAAAAAAAUCUUCUUGUCCAAUUUCAAUGAAAACUCUUAAAUCCCAACCAACGCUUGUUCAAAUUAAUUGUAUGAGUUAUAAAAAAACGCCAAAAGCUGAACAAAAAUCAUUUCGUUAUAAUCGUUAUCCACAAAAUCCAGAGUUAUUCGAAUGUGAUGAAGUAUUUGAUGAAAAAUCAACACGUGUUCAGUCAAAUAUACCAUCCAAUCCAUCUAAAAUACUUGAACCUGAACAUCUACAAAGUUUUUCAAACUUUCGUCAUCAUUUCUAUCAUGUUAAUCAUCAACGUAUUAAAUCUUCUAUUAAAGAUCAUCCUAAUGUUGAAAUUACUGAUAUUCGUCUUGCAUCAGUUAAUGAAUCUGUUCAAAAUGAUUUUAUGAAAACAUUAAAUCAAAAUAUUUCAUAUUUUCCACAAUUAGUUUAUCAUGGUACCAUGUUGAAUAGUAUUGAAAGUAUUCUUCGUUAUGGUUUUUUGAUACCAAAUCGAGCACAUCCAUUCAAUAGUGAAGCACCUAUUAUUACUUCAGCACAUGGUCGAUCGUUUGGGACUGGAAUUUAUUGUAGUCGAACAGCUGUUUAUUCUUUAUCAUAUGUCAAUACUACUAAUACUCUCUUAGUAUGUGCAGCAAUACCAAAACGAGACAAAGUUGGACAAAUUGAACGUUGCCAUGGAAAUAUAUUAGUUUUAUCUGAUGUAACACGAAUUAUACCAUUAUUUUUCAUUGAUUUCAAAUAUCUGAAUCAAUCAGGUAUCAAUCAACCUUGGUAUCACAAGCAAAAUGAAUCAAAAAUGGAUGAAAAUCAGGAAAUAAAAACACCUGUUGUUAUUUCAAGAAAAUAUUUACGAAAAGUACUAAAUUAUAUGAAUGAUGAUGAACGAAAGAAUAAUCAAUAUCAAAUGCGAUCGUUUGAUUUAUUCAAUUGA